UGGCAACUCUGCUCUUAAGUUGUCAUCAGGAGGUGAAUCAGAAUAUCGCAGCUUUGCUACUUGGUGACAUAUAGAUUAGCUAGAUCAUCCACAACAGCAAUAGAAUUAUUGCACUCGUUGACAAAUACUGGAUCCUUUGCAUCGCAGCGAAUCUUAAAUCAUCACAAUGACCACGCAACCAGGAGGUAAUUUCCAGCUGGCUCCUCUCAGAUCGGUGAGCGAUUUUCUUCUGGAAUCGGCUCGAUUUCAACUACCUAACGUUCAGGAUUUCGAGAAAUGGGGAAAUCGAGUUGUCAAAAAUUUGCUUUACUACCAAACCAACUAUUUUCUGAUGAGUGGAGCAGUGUUUAUACUGAUUGGUUUGAUACAUCCGUACAAGGUCGUCCUCGGGGUCACGAUCAUUAUGGCUCUCAUGUACGUGUUUGUCAAGUUCUUUGCUGCUGAGGCACGCCGUUCUCUGAGUGCCGCUGCUGGACAGCAACAACCGAAUAAAUGGGCAGUUCUAGGUGGAGUCCUCGGAUGCAGCUAUUUGGUUCUGUUUGUUUUCGAUGCCGUUCUGAUUGUAAUGUUUGCUAUAUUGUUACCAUUCUCACUUACGUUUAUCCAUGCCUCAUUACGUCUAAGGAACAUUAAGAACAAGAUUACCAACACUAUCGAGAUCGUUGGAGUGAAACAGAGUCCCAUGGGACAGUUUCUGGAAGCAAUGGGUCUGAUGCCUGAUGCAUUCUAACUCAAAGUUUCUAGUAGAAAUACAAUCAGGCAGCUUAAGUUUAAUAACGAGUCUUUCGCCAGUCGGUGUUUUUCGCAUUGAAAAAACAGUCCAAUGUAAGCUCUACCAAACUAAACAUUUCUAGUUUUGUCUGUCAAUGACAAAUAUGCGAACUGCUUCAAGUAAGAAUAACUACGGUUCCAUAUUAGUGCAUAAAUCUCGAAUGAAACACGAGAAUAAAAAAAUAAUUCUUGUUAGAUACUAGUCAUUACUCACACAAAUCAUCGCUGAAAAUGAGAAAUGGUUUUUUCCCAUUUUAGUAAUAAACUAUUUUGAUAUCGUUAAUUGAAAUUUAA